AUGGCUGAAGCAGCGAGGCAGUGUGAAUUAAUAAAAAUUCUUGAAGAAACAUCGUUAAAGGUACAGUAUCCGCAGGUCUUUAUUGAUAAUUGCAUUGAUGAUGAUGCAUUAAAAAUACUUGAUAAUGAAGGACUACAACAAUUAAUACCUAUAGUCGGCCAUCGCAUGAAAAUAAAAGCAGCACUCAAAAAGUGGAAAUUGCUCAAUGAGUCGUUAAUGAAUGACAGUGCCUUGCAAGAAAUAUUUGACUCUGAAGAUAUUAACAAAAAUUGUGCUAUUGGAAGCCAAAUCAUUUCUUAUGAAGUACAGAAUGGUGCAUUAAUUUGCAACAGUUUAAGUCAAACGAAAAAUGCUGAUGCUGGCAGUUCAAUACAGGAAGAGGAUAUAAUAUCAGAGUCCUUAGAAAGCAUCAGGAAAUUUACAAAUUGCAGCAACAGUAGUAGUUCUGAUGGCAGAGCAAUUUUAGCAGAGGGUAAAAGAGCUGAAGGCUUACUAAAAGAAAGCGACCGUAAGAGGUUGAGCCAAAUUAUUAUUCUUCACCUCCUUGAAAAGAACCCAUCCAGAGCAAUAUCAACAUGUGAAUUUCAAAACUUAGCUGCACAAAUACAGGAACUGUUUAAACAAGAAAGUUCUGUGGUAUAUUAUUCUCCUUAUGAACCUGCUACUGGCAACAAGGGUCAUAAAAAAAACACCAGUGGAAAGUUGUAUGAAUCUUACAUCAGUUGCAGACGAAAGUUACGGUCCAGGGGGGAAUUACCAGAUGAUGAAACAUCUGAAGAAAAAUUGACUUGGUUGCAAAAUAGCAUUGAUCCCUGGCGAAUGGUUGAAGAAUAUUGGAGAGCAACUGCAACUGUUCGCCUUAAACCUAUAAUUGUUGGAGAAGGAAAAAUUUCAGAAUAUUUCAAUACUUUUCCAGCGCUAACACAGCCUCUGGGUUAUACUCUGUUAUUACAUGACUUUGAAAUCCUCCACCAAAAUAAAAAUGAUGGCCUUUUUUCCAAUAUUGUCUUGCUACGGGAGAAAAUUGUACGGCUUGCUCGAGACAAAGAAAACACGACGAGGGACAAAGAUAUAAAGAAGUGUAUAUUAAAUUACAUUAACCUCACUGAAGACGCUGAUAAUGAGACAUAUACAAAUGUGGCGCUGAUACUUUUGGCUUACGUUAUUGGGACAUGUCCGACUCGAAAACGAGGCAAACAAUACUGGAAACCAUCUCGCUCUGAAAUACGCGACGGGUUCAUAACACAGGUAGCAUCUGAGGCGGAGGUGUAUUCAGUAAUUGAAUCAAGACGAGCUAAGCUGUAGAGACUUGGAAGAACGUUACAGCCUUUUAUUAUUUUCGUGGGUGAAUCUUUGGCAGCUGUAAGGGCUUCAUAUGUUAUCAUCAACAAUACUUGUUACAAUUUUCCAAAAUUAGUCACAGCAGUGGAUGCUGCUUUUAAAAUAUUUCAUGCUACUGGGGCCUGUUACCCCGAAGAAUGUAUGGACAUCUGGCAUGUAAUCCAAAUUGGCUUCUAUAAAAUUAAAACUAAGUUUGACCGAACUAAACAAGCCAUAAAUAG